AUGGGGCAAACUAAUUCUACUCCGUUGUCUCUGAUGACUGACCACUUCUCUGAUUUCAAGUCUAGAGCUCAGAAUCUAUCGUUGCUGGUGAAGAAGAGCAAACUGGUGACUUUCUGUUCUGCCAAGUGGCCUACCUUUGAUGUCGGGUGGCCCCGCGAGGGAACCUUCAAUCCACAAAUUAUCCAGGCAGUUAAAGAGAGGGUGCUCACUCCUGGUCCUGCCGGGCACCCAGACCAGACUCCCUAUAUUCUGGCCUGGCAGGAUCUAGUGAGGAACCCACCAGAAUGGCUUAAACCCUUUGUUCUCACUCCUCCUAAACCUCCUAAACCUCCCCGUCCCUCUUCCCCAACUCCAAGCUCGCCAAGCCCACAGGUGCUAGUCAUGAAGGCUUCCGAAGAAAAGGAAGGGAAAAAAGACGAGAAUCGGCUGAAACUGGUAUUCCAGGAAUCUUCUCUGUAUCCUAAUCUGAUAGACCUGGAGACUGAGUUGUCCCCACCCCCAUAUGCGGAUCCACAUCCACCCUUGCUUCCACAGGUUCCACAGGUGUCAUCGGGAGAAGCCCGGAGGGGAACCGAGCCUUCAGCUCCUCCCCGAGAAGGGGGCCCCGCCCGGGGAACUCGGGGAAGGACAAGGGGAAUGGCCAGCGUGGCAGAGGAAGAGGACCCAGAAGUUCCCUCCUCCACCGUUCACGCGUUUCUGUGGCCCUUCUCCACUAGUGAUCUAUACAAUUGGAAAACCCAGACUCCCUCAUUUUCUGAAAAACCGCAGGGUCUCAUUGAUCUUUUAGAGUCUAUCCUUUUCACUCACAAUCCCACUUGGGAUGAUUGUCAGCAACUGUUACAGGUGCUUUUCACAACAGAGGAGGGCGAACGGAUCCUGUCAGAAGCUCAGAAAAAUGUGCCAGGGGUGGAUGGGAGGCCCACGAUACAGCCUAACCUUAUUGAGGAAGGGUUCCCCUUGGUGCGACUCAGCUGGGACUUCGAAUGCGCUGAAGGUAGGGAGCGUCUCCGAGUGUACCGCCAGACUCUUAUGGCCAGCCUUAGAGCAGCCGCCAGGAAGCCAACAAAUUUGGCCAAAAUAAAUUCAGUGAGGCAGGAGCCAAAUGAAAGCCCAGCAGCCUUCCUUGAAAGGAUAAUGGAAGCUUUUAGACAGUAUACCCCUAUGGACCCACUGGCUGAUGAGUCACGAGCGGCAGUUAUGUUAGCAUUUGUAAAUCAGGCAGCCCCCGAUAUUAGAAGAAAGUUACAAAAGAUAGAGAGGUUAAGUGAACAAUCCUUGCAGGAUCUAGUGAGGGCAGCCGAGAGAGUUUUUAACCAUAGGGAGACCCCAGAGGAGAGAGAGAACCGCAUUGGAUGGGAAGAAAGAGAAUUUAGAGCUGAAGAAAACCGUAAAAAUCAAAAGGAACUGGCCCAGAUAUUUUUUGCGGGGAUUGAAAACAAGAACAGGUCCCAAAAAGGGAAAAAGAUGGACUAAAAAAUUGAAGAAAAAACAACAAGGCGUAAGCUUGAGAAAAACCAAUGUGCGUUUUGUAAAGAGUUUGGACAUUGGAAAGGUAAAUGCCCCAAGAAAAAUCUGAAAGAGAGGCCCAGGACCCCCAAGAACGAGACUCCUUCUCCAGAAAGUCAUAUCCUCUACGCGGGUGAGGAUAGCGACUAGGGGGGUCAGGGCUUGAUGCCCCUCCCCGAGUCCUGGGUAACCAUAAAUGUGGAGGGGAAACCGGUUGGCUUCAUGGUGGACACGGGAGCCCAAUACUCAGUCUUAAACCAAAAAGAUGGACCUAUGUCUAAAAAAAGUAGCUGGGUGCAGGGAGCAACCAGGACUAAACGAUACGGAUGGACUACAAAACGGCAUGUGAACUUGGGGGCCCACCAGGUAACCCACUCUUUUUUGGUGAUACCCAAGUGUCCAGCGCCCUUGCUAGGAAGAGAUUUACUGUCUAAGGUGAAUGUCCAAAUUCAUUUCGACCACGGACAAGUGUCGGUCUUAGAUGGGACCGGGCAUCCUCUUCAGGUCCUGUCUCUGGCAUUGAAAGAUGAAUACAGACUAUAUUUGCCAGAGGCCCCAGCGACAAUAAGCCCCGAAGUACAACCAUGGGUUCAAAGUUACCCUCAGGCCUGGGCUGAAACAGCAGGAAUGGGACUAGCCAAACAGAGGCCCCCUAUUGUUGUGGAACUAAAGGCCAAUGCUUCCCCGGUGAGGGUACGGCAGUAUCCCAUGAGUCAAGAGGCUUGACAAGGAAUCACGCCUCAUAUACAACGCCUCAUAGAUGCAGGGAUCCUAAAAAGGUGCCGGUCCCCAUGGAACACUCCUCUGUUGCCUGUGAGAAAGCCUGGGGGAACGGAUUUUAGACCGGUUCAAGAUCUGUGAGAAGUCAACAAACGGGUGAGUGAUAUUCAUCCUAUGGUUCCUAACCCUUAUACACUACUAAGCAAUUUGCCCCCAAGCUACAUUUGGUAUACUGUUUUAGAUUUAAAAGAUGCCUUUUUCAGUCUGCCUCUUGCCCCUACGAGCCAAGAGAUCUUUGCCUUCGAAUGCCAAGAAGACGGUGGCCAGACUCCUGUACAGCUGACAUGGACUCGCUUACCACAGGGCUUCAAAAAUUCGCCCACGUUAUUUAAUGAGGCUCUGGACGAAGACCUCCAUGAGUAUCGGGUUGAACACCCUACCAUUGUUUUAUUACAAUAUGUUGAUGACCUCAUGCUGGCAGCGGCUACAGAAAAAGAUUGCCAAGAGGCAACAGGUGACCUUCUCCAAACCUUGGGGACUUUAGGUUACAGGGCAAGUGCCAAAAAGGCCCAGAUCGUCAAACAAGAGGUUACAAACCUCGGUUAUAAGAUAAAACAGGGCCAGAGGUGGCUAACACAGGCCAUGAAAGAAACCAUCCUCCAGAUCCCUGAGCCGGCUAACCCUAGGCAAGUGAGAGAAUUUCUGGGAACUGUGGGAUAUUGCCGAUUGUGGGUCUUGGGGUUUGCAGAAAAGGCUAGGCCCCUAUAUGACGGGACCAAAGAAAACAAGGACUGGAAAUGGACUGAGCCAAUGAAGAAGGCCUUCCAAGAGCUCAGGCGAGCCUUGCUAGAAGCUCCUGCCCUUGCCCUCCCUGAUCCAUCUAAGCCUUUCCAAUUAUUUGUGGAUGAAAAGCGGGAGAUAGGAAAAGGGGUACUAACACAAAAAUGGGGACCAUGGAAGCGACCUGUAGCUUACCUUUCUAAGAGGCUGGACCCAGUGGCAGCCGGAUGGCCACCUUUCCUCUGUAUCAUCGCGGCCACCGCUCUCUUGGUCCACGAUGCUGAUAAACUGACUUAUGGACAGAGACUCUUGGUUUACACCCCUCAUGCCAUAGAGAGAGUUCUAAAGCAACCCCCAGGUAAAUGGAUUUCUAAUGCCCACUUGACGCACUACCAGGCCUUGCUGCUCGACACCCCACGGAUACAUUUCCAAACGCCCUGUGCUCUAAAUCCGGCUACUCUUCUGCCCAAUCUGGAGGGAAAUAGCCCCCUCCAUGAUUGUGAUGAGAUAUUGGCUGGGGUAACAGCAAUACGAAAAGACUUAACCGAUACUCCACUGGAUAACAGUGAGCUAAUAUGGUUUACAGAUGGAAGCAGUUAUAUAAAAGAUGGACAGAGACGGGCGGGAGCCGCAGUAGUAGAUGACUCUGGACAAACCAUAUGGGCUGAGGCCCUUCCCCCAGAUACCUCCGCACAAAAGGCAGAACUAAUUGCCUUAAUUCAAGCACUAGAGAGGGCCAAAGAAAGGAGAAUAACCAUUUUCAUUGACAGCCGCUAUGCUUUUGGCACGGUACACAUCCAGGGCCCAAUAUAUUGGGAACGGGGGUUUUUGACAGCUAAAAGAAAGGAAAUUAAAAAUUUGCCUAAAAUCCGUAGACUUUUGGAGGCUGUACAGAUGCCUCAGGCUGUGUCAAUAGUACACGUACCUGGACACCAGAAGGGCAACAGCCCUACGGCACGAGGGAAUCGUAUGGGAACUUUGCCCCCGACCCCUGAGUAUUCAUCCUCAGAUCUUGCUUGGAUUCAAGAAAACACCAACCUUCAGAAAGGUGAAGAUGGAUGGUACCGAGACUCAGAUGGCUACUUGAUACUCCCCACUCAGUUGGGACGACAACUAUGUGAACAUUUACACUUGACUACUCAUCUGGGAAAAAAAAAGACUCUGAUGCUCUUUCAAACUGUGCGCCUGCGAUUCCCCCGGCACCAAACGACUGUGAGGAACAUAGUACAUGCUUGUAAGGCAUGUCAACAAAUGAGACCAGGAAAAGGACAACACACAGGACUGAGGUAUCGGGGAGAAGGACCGGGGCAGCACUGGGAAAUAGACUUUACCGAGGUAAGGCCAGGUAAGUAUGGUUACUGGUACUUGUUAGUCUUGGUAGAUACCUUCUCAGGGUGGGUAGAGGCUUUUCCUACAAAGAGAGAGACCGCGAUGAUAGUGGCGAAAAAGAUUUUAGAGGAAAUAGUUCCCAGGUUUGGCCUGCUGGUGACCAUCGGCUCUGAUAAUGGACCUGCUUUUGUGAGUCAAAUAGUUCAGAGCCUUGCCCUAGCCCUGGGGACCAAAUGGAAGUUACAUUGUGAAUACAGUCCACAGAGCUCAGGGUAAGUUGAAAAAAUGAAUCGGACCCUAAAAGAAACUUUAACUAAAUUGGCUAUAGAGACUGGCGGGGACUGGGUGACCCUCCUUCCCUUUGCCCUCUUCCGUGCGCGUAAUACUCCUUAUCAACUUAAUCUGACCCCAUUUGAAAUUCUGUAUGGGAGACCUCCCCCUAUAUGUCCAAUCUUUGAAGGGAAGAAACCACCGCCUCCCACGUUGAGAUAAUUCCAAGAGGCCUUGAUGGCCUUAAGUAAGGUGCAUUCCCAUGUUUGAAAACUGCUCAGGGAACUACAUGUAGGUCAAAAUAAAGAAAUUGUCCCCUCGCAUGACAUUGGCCCAGGAGAUUGGGUGUGGGUCAAGAGGCACCAAACCAAGGCACUAGAACCUAGAUGGAAGGGUCCUUAUGUUGUUCUUCUUACCACCCCAACUGCCCUAAAGGUUGAUGGUAUCGGGCCUUGGGUGCAUUGCAACCACCUGCCAUCAUAA